CUCUGCACCCAGGGAGGACAGACAGCUCGGCAACAGCCCGGAUGUCUCCUAGGAUCCAUCAACAUAAACCUGUCGACCCUCGAUACACGUACUAGCUUGCCCCAUUGCACACGCCACAAAGUAGAAAUUCUCUGAUUUUGCGCCUGUCCGAACCACCUACAAAAGCCGUUCCAUCACGAUGGCCCAGGGUCCUGUCAACACCCUGCCAUCAAAUCCAGUGCCUUCAAUGGCGACCAAACUUCCAACUGCGCUAUCAGAAGAGGAGGAGCAUCAGCUGCGAGAGUACGAACGCAUCUUGCGGUUUCGGGAUGAGGUGCUGUCGGGCGCCCACCCGAGGAUCAAGGUGCCGGCGCAUUUGGUUGCUGCGAAGAAGAGCAGCGAGUCCCGGAGUCCCGGGUCGCUUGCCUCCGCAGCACCACUUGGUCCGGCUGCGUUGAUGAACAAGGUGCCAACAGGCCCAAGAUCCACGACUGCAAAAGUGGCGAGCCCGGUCAGCGGGUCUCAGAUUGCAAACAACUUGCGCUCGUUCAACGCGAACGCGAAUACUGCUACAAACAUCACCUUUGGUCAUGGUUCGUCCUCUGGCCACACAAACAGUAUCCCUGGUGUCCCGACAGGCCCCAAGGCUGCUGUGCCAGCCCAAUACCGCGAGCCUUCGGGCAGCGCCCAGUUUGAUCCCGUGCUGCUCACAAAGUCUGACGACCUGAUCAAGGCUGAGCUACAGCUCCAAAGGAAGCGACUCGAGGGCGCGCUCAGCGAGCAACUUCAACAGCAUCGCGCGGCCAAGAACUCGCAUGCAACAGAAGCUCUGGUUGAUUUUGAUCUCGCUGACGUUCUCAUGAAGGCCCUGAAGCUGGUCCAGACCUCUGCUCUUCAACAGACUGAUGCAAAUCUAGCAGCUAAUGCAAGCGGUACUGAUGGUGAUUCUCCUGACGAUGAUACCUUCUACUCUAGCAAACACGACACGCCUGAAUCCCACCAGACGCAUCGCUUGCCCGACCGCGAAGACUCUGGAGACGCCCAGACCCGCGAAGAUUCCCACUACGAGCCUCCCAUGGUCAUCGAAGCCAGCCCAGUGCCUGAUCACCGACCUGCGGUCGCUAUGCCACCAUUUGCCCUGUCAAGCGCAAAUGCAACUCAACCUCAGCAGCACAGGGCGCAGCAAACAUUAGUGCCCGGCCCUCCAAAUCCUGCGAUGUACUCGGGCGGAUACCAGAGCGGCAUAGAAGUCGCGGUUACAAGGAGCGCAGCCGGUGUGCCAAUGGAAAUCACCUCGUCACAAGAGAGCGGGGAGGCUAGUAGCUCGAGAGACUCUGGCCAGGCUGGUGGUGAUCAACAAACGGGCCGUAACCAUCUCGAGUCUGUCGCGCAGCAACUGAUCGACCAAAGCUUUGGUCGCCGUCAGUCGCCGAUUCUUCGUGCGCACAACCUGUCUCCUAUUGCCCCUCAGCCUGCACAUGUCUCUCCUCUGGCUACUGCCCGACAACCCCCAGUGCCCCGACCUGACGCCCCACCAGCUCAAGCGACCCCUGCGCAAGUCGUGGCGCUCAGAAACGAUCGAUCCAAUGGCUCGAGUCCGGAGAGCUCCCCACAGGGCGGCAAGCCAGGCAAGAAAGGCAAGAAGAAGAACAAGAGGAAGGCUGAUCGCAUGGCUGCAAAUGCUGUGCCAUCGCCUUAUAUCAAGCCGGAACCGCGGUCUCCUUCUCCUCUGACUGCGCCCCAGUUUACGAGGCCCAACAAGCGGCAGAGACAGGCGCAGCGACCAGUACAGCCAGGCUUUGAUCAGUCUCGCGUCGAGGAGCCUGUGGAGAUUGCCUCUCCACACGGCUAUCCCUCACGAGUCUUGAGGGAUGAGAGAGUUCCUUCGGGGUAUAGUAGUCCCAGCGGGCCGCGCCCUCGCCAAGAUUCUCGCCCCAUGAUCGUGGCAGAGCCACCAAGGUAUGAGAGGGACUACCAUGAUGGAAUCCGUCCUGCCGAGGCUGUUCAUUACGUACGACGCUCUCCACCCGGAGCACCAGCAUAUCCAUACGCGCCUGGUGAGGUGCAGACCAUCAGGUCGGUUUCACGCGCUGCGGUCGAGAGGCCGUACCCAUAUUACGAUGUUCGAGACGCUCCGCGAACUGUAGUGCGACAAGUGGCGGAUCGUGGCCGGUCUCGCUCGCCCGUCAUGGUCGAAGAUCGCUCACCAGCUGUCAUGGGCCCUCCACGUUUGCCGCGCUCAAGAAUCGUGCACGUGGACGAGUUUGGCCACGAGUACUUGGAUCCCGCCCCGAGACCAGAGGGCGUGGUAACCAGGCGCUCUGUCGUUCCACGGCCGGUCUAUGAUGAUCGGGAAGAAUAUUACGAGAUGCCUAGGUCAACAACGGUGAUCCGACGUUCUGUUGCACCAGCAAGUGCUUACGGUGAGCCUGAAAUCAUCUACGAGCGGCCUGCCCCGUCAGUUCGUGCCAGUUCUGUCAUUCCGGGGCCCCAGCGAUAUGACGAGGAGGUUGUUUACCACCGACCGGCUUCUCCCUCGGGUUAUGCUACCACGCGCCGUGUGGUCACCCGUCCAGCAGAGUACGCAGUCCCUGAGUAUCGGUACUACCGCGAGCGGGAGUACCCACCUGCGGCCCCCGGCCAAGCCGGCGAUGACUAUUACGAAGUUCGGAGUGUACAAGAUCGACGACCAGCAGAUGAUGCCCCGCGAGAGUAUCGAGUCCGGGCCACGACGGUGCGCCCUGAGGCGGCCCUGAGGCCGGAGGUAGUCAGGAUGUCCAGCGUGCGGCCCGAGCCCGUCCCAGGCGGCUACGGUGCGCCGAUCCCACUGGACGACCGGCAGGCGAUAGUGCCGCCUCGCCCGUAUAGCGCUCGCCCUCCCCCUCUUCCUCCUCAGCAGCACAUUCAGCAGCAGCAGCAGUAUGUACGUCCCUGGCCAGAGUACGAGGCCCGGCCGUAUCCGGAGCAGGUUGGGGAGGUCGGCGAUGAUGGAGCUGUGACCUACUUGGAGAGUGCUCCCAGAGAGAUGUACAGAUGAAGCGACCUGUGGAACAGGCCGAGCUGUUUUUUGGUAGCAAAAUGAAAAGAUCAUGUUCACACA